CGUUUCGAUCUCUCUCUUUCCUGCCGAAUCCAAAACAGAACGCUCCAGCGGCUCUUCUCCCCUCCCUCCACCUUCUUCUCCCCUCCGUCUCGCCCUCCGCGGGGCAAAACCCUAGAUCCUCCUCCCGCUUAAACCCUCCAACAAGCGCGGCGGCAGGAUGGCGGAGCCGUCCAAGGUGAUCCACAUCCGGAACGUCGGGCACGAGAUCACCGAGGCCGAUCUGCUCCAGCUGCUGCAGCCGUUCGGCUCGAUAUCCAAGCUCGUCAUGCUGCGUGGCAAGAAUCAGGCCCUUCUCCAGAUGCAAGACAUUCAUUCUUCCGUGAGCGCCCUGCAGUACUACAGUGGUGUCCAACCUAGCAUAAGGGGAAGGCAUGUUUACAUGCAAUUUUCAUCCCAUCAAGAACUUACCACCGACCAGAGCUCUCAUAGCCGGAAUUCUGAUCAGGAAUCAGAACCCAACCGAAUCCUUCUAGCUACUGUCCACCACGUGCUCUAUCCUAUAACGGUGGAGAUUCUGCAUCAAGUUUUCAAAGCAUAUGGAUAUGUGGAGAAGAUUGUCAAAUUUCAGAAGUCAGCUGGCUUUCAGGCCCUCAUCCAGUAUCAAUCGCGUCAUGAGGCUGUGGAAGCACUUGCUGCUUUGCAUGGAAGGAACAUAUAUGAUGGUUGCUGCCAGCUAGACAUCCAAUAUUCCAAUCUCAGCGAACUGCAAGUCCAUUUCAACAAUGAAAGAACUAGGGAUUUCACGAAUCCAUCAUUGCCUACUGAACAACGUCCAAGGCCCUCCCAGCAAGGUUUUCCAGAUCCUGGGGGUCUCCAUCCCUUCCAACAACCUGGAGGUCCGUAUACACAGAUGGGAAGAGCUGCAACGAUUGCAGCUGCAUUUGGUGGAACUUUACCGCCUGGAGUGACCGGUACCAAUGAACGGUGCACACUGAUAGUCAGUAAUUUGAACACUGAUAAAACCAAUGAGGAUAAGCUUUUCAAUCUCUUCUCUUUAUAUGGAAACAUAGUUCGAAUCAAGGUGCUGCACAACAAACCAGAUCUUGCCCUUGUAGAAAUGGCUGAUGGGUUACAGGCCGAGCUAGCUGUGAACUAUCUCAAGGGGGCCAUGCUAUUUGGUAACAAGUUGGAAGUCAACUACUCGAAGUACCCCACCAUAACCCCUGCCCCUGACGCGCACGACUACAUCAACUCGGGCCUGAACCGCUUCAACAGCAACGUGGUGAAGAACUACCGGCACUGCUGCGCUCCAACCAAGAUGAUCCACGUCUCUGCCCUCGCACAGGACGUCUCAGAGGACGCACUCCUCGCCCAUCUGUCUGAGCACGGCUCUAUCGUCGGCACGAAGCUGUUCGAGGUGAAUGGCAAGAGGCAGGCCCUCGUCCUGUUUGAGAGCGAGGAGGAGGCGACUGAGGCCCUCGUGUCGAAGCACGCCAGCCCGCUGGAGGGGAGCACCAUCCGGAUCUCGUUUUCCCAGAUGCAGAGUCUGUAGAUACGCCCUCCCAGGCAUAUAGCUUUUGCUUGGCUGCUACUCGCUCAAUGCUUUUGCGUCCUCCCUCUUUUCUUUUUAGGAAGCUUUGAAUGAUCCUUAAGAUGUGAAUUCUCCCCCUGACUGUUGCAUUGUUUUUGCUGUACCGUUGCUGAGCCACGUGCCCAUGUCCCGAGUUCUCCCUUGUUGGUUUAAGGUGACCAGAGGAUUGUACUGCGUGCUGUGCUCGUAUGAAUUAUGAAUGAAAGAAAUCUACAGGAAACGAAAAGAGUGCA